AUGCAUGUGAUGGAAUGUCUAAGUUUGCCGAUCUAUGAGCACGUAACUAAAAAGUAUGUUCUCUCGACUUUCGCAGGGUGUCACUGUCUGCGCCUGGUGGAUCUCCACGUGCCCGGAGCUGUGCGCAGCGGCGAGCCCGUCCAGCUGCGCUGCGAGUACGACCUGGAGAGCGCCGAGCUCUACUCCGUCAAGUGGUACAAGAACAACGUCGAGUUCUACCGGUACCUCCCCAGCGACGUCCCGCCGGGGCAGUCCUACGAGCUCCUCGGGACCUUCGUCGACCACUCGAGGUCGGACAAGAACAACGUCUUCCUCGAGAAGACCGAUCUGAACACGGAAGGCAUGUACGGCUGCGAGGUGUCCACCGAGGGUCCGGGCUUCAAGACCGUCAAAGGGGAGAGGGAACUGCGUAUCUACGUGCUGCCCGAGGAAGGUCCGGUCAUGGAAGGAUUUCAGCUGCGCUACCAAGUGGGCGACCCCGUCAACGUGACCUGUUACUCCAGGCCCUCAAAGCCCAUGGCCUCCCUCAAGUGGACUGUCAACAACAAGGAAGUUCCUCCAAAGUACGAAACACGGGCCGGCACCACCCGGCACGAGAACGGACUGCAGAGUACGUCGGUGACGCUGCACUUCGACGUGCGGCCCGACCACGUGGCCCGGGGCAGCAUACGCUUCAAGUGCACCUCGUCCGUGACCCAGGCCCAUUCGAGGAGCAGCGAGGAGCUCGUCAUCGGCGACAAAGGACCGCCCAGUGGAAGGGCCCUUCAAGAAUCCAACAGUCCAAGGAUACUGAGCGAGAAGUCCCGCUACGAGGUCGGUGACAACGUUGAUGUCAACUGCACUUCCGUUCUCUUAAAAGAAAAUCCCGUGGAACUUCGCUGGUUCGUCAAUGAUCACGAGGCGCAGAAAGCGGACGUGGUGCGGUUCUCCAACGUCGAGUACCCGGACGGCACCAAGGCCGUGGUGCUGGGGCUCCGGUUCCGGGUCGAGGCGCGCCACUUCAGCGACAGCGACGGCCUCCGGCUCAAGUGCACCGCCACGCAGACCCGGGUGGUGCAGCUCAGCUCCGAAGAGGUGGUGCAGGGCGCGCACCAGCGCUCUUCCGGCUUCCACGUCGCGGCUGACGACGCCAGCUCACCUCAGAAGGCUCCUUUGACCUCCACUUCUGAUCAUCAGUCUGACGCCGGAUCGCUGCGGGAUUCUUCGGACACGCUUCCGCUGAUGGACCACACUCCCGUCGACAUGGGCACGUACCUCGAAGCACAGUUCACGACUCAAAGUGCGCCUUUCGGGGAGCCUGUUGAUACGAACCCAGAAGACCGACUCACCAUACACCCGAAGCCAACAGGGCCUAUUAGAACAAAGUUCCUGCCUGCACCGGAAAUAACGGAUGAAGACCUGUCCCGGCACCUCGUCGAAGCCCUCGAUGAAACCGUGGCCUUCAAAGAGCUGGUUGAUGGGGAAAGUGAAGCGAAGGUAGACGAGGAAAAGCUGAGUCUCGAAAACCCACUUACCCUCCUGAUCCGUGAUUUGCAAAGCCGGGAUCACGACGUGGACACCGGGCCGACUGGAAUUCGCGAAGAACCGGAUCCCGAGCUGCUGGUCGUUGUGGGAGAUGGUGGGGCCCAAGAAGACAACCUGAGCCUCAAGACGUCGACCAAAGUCAACGCUGAAUUCACGACCACGACCGUGACUAGUCUUGUCGUGGACGUAGAGGACCUCAGCCUGGACUCGAAUGGGACCCGCGCUCCUUUUGUGAAGAGCUCUCUUGUUACUGUCGACGACGAAACAACCCAAGUUCUCAGCAACACGAAAAUGAACGAGAAAAACAAAGCCAGCAAACACUAG